CAUCUCUGCUCGUGCCCGAUCGUGAGCUCCCAAUACCGAUAUAUUUGUCUGUAGGAGAUAGAUACAUCGAUACACACGCAAGUUAGCACUGAUCUAGUCGCAGUUCAUCUCACAUAAACAUUCCCGGACAUGCUGAUCGACCAAGCCAGCUUGCCCGGUUCUGGGAAGACCGUGUGCGUGACAGGUGCCGGUGGCUUCAUCGCGUCAUGGAUGGUGAAACUGCUUCUCGAGGGAGGUUACAGCGUUAAGGGAACCGUUCGGAACCCAGGUGAUCCAAAGAAUGGGCAUCUGAGAGAGCUAGAAGGGGCAGAGGAGAGGCUGAGGCUGUGCAGGGCUGAUCUACUUGAUCCUGAUAGUUUGAGAGAGGCCAUCAAUGGCUGUGAUGGUGUCUUCCACACUGCUUCUCCUGUCACCGAUGACCCCGAGGAAAUGGUGGAGCCUGCCGUGAACGGGACUAAGAAUGUGAUUAUCGCGGCCGAGGAGGCCAAAUGCCGACGGGUGGUUUUCACUUCGUCAAUCGGUGCAGUUUACAUGGACCCUAAUAGAAGUCCCGAUGCCGUGGUUGAUGAGUCAUGCUGGAGUGACCUCGAGUUCUGCAAGAACACAAAGAAUUGGUACUGCUACGGGAAGGCCGUGGCAGAGCAGGCAGCAUGGGACUUUGCAAAGGAAAAAGGGGUGGACCUGGUGGUCGUGAACCCGGUGCUGGUGCUCGGGCCGCUGCUUCAGCCCACGAUCAAUGCCAGCAUCUUCCACAUCCUCAAGUACUUGACUGGCUCCGCCAAGACAUAUGCCAACUCCGUGCAGGCGUAUGUACACGUGCGCGAUGUGGCACAAGCCCACAUCCUUGUCUUCGAGACCCCCUCUGCCUCCGGCCGCUACCUCUGCGCCGAGAGCGUCCUUCACCGCGGGGAUGUGGUCGAGAUUCUCGCCAAGUUCUUUCCCGAGUAUCCUGUCCCCACCGAGUGUUCCGAUAAGGUCAAACCGAGGGCAAAGCCGUACAAAUUCUCGACGCAGAAGCUCAGAGACCUUGGCAUGGAGUUCAUAUCGGUGAAGCAGUGCUUAUACGACACGGUCAAGAGCUUGCAAGAGAAGGGCCAUCUGCCUCUUCCCCCACAACCCGAUGAUUCGCUCCGUAUUCAAUCUUAACGCGAGGGGAUCAUGUACUUGUUUAUUUUCAUUUAUAGCAAGUGAUUUUAUCCCAAUUGAAUGGGUCAUGCAUUUGACCUCAAAUAAUUAGUAAAAGGAAACUUCCGCAGACAAUUUGAUUUUUCUUCUAAUUGUUUACAAGCCAUUCACUGUAA